AGGGGCGCCAAAAGCACUACGAGUCCCAGAGGCCCCUGCGCCCCGCGGGCUGGCCUUGGGAGCUGAAGGGAGCCGCCGCGGAGAGGGCGCCGGCUCUGAGGAGAAGGAGCGGCGGAGGGAAGGCAGUGCAGGCGAGAAACUUUGCAGAUAGAGAUGUGAGCCAGACAGGGAACCCAGGGAGUGAAUGCAGAUCUGUUCUCAUAGCUUGAAGGAGAGAAUUUGGACGUGUUGAUGGGUGUUUCCAACUCCUUUGUCAUAUCAGUGAACCCGCAUGCAAGACAGAGAGAAGGAAUAUGUUAAAUAGAUAAACAGGUUUCAUCAAUGCCUCCUUGCCUUCUGUGUCGUGAGCCUACCAGCCAGUGGUCAAGCUGAGGUUGCCUUUACUGGGCUAUGGACUUGGACCCCUACGCAAGCAUGCAGGUUGGAAUGCGGGUGGUCCGUGGUAUGGAUUGGAAGUGGAGCAACCAGGACAACGGUGAAGGAAAUGUCGGUACAGUGGUGGAGAUUGGUCGGCAGGGCAGCCCGACAACACCAGAUAAGACUGUGGUGGUCCAGUGGGAUCAUGGAACCCGCACAAAUUAUCGGACUGGAUUCCAAGGGGCUUAUGAUCUUCUUUUGUACGAUAACGCACAAAUAGGUGUCCGCCAUCCCAACAUCAUCUGUGACUGUUGCAAAAAGCAUGGGAUCCGUGGGAUGCGCUGGAAGUGCAAGAUCUGUUUUGACUAUGACCUGUGCAUGCAGUGUUACAUGAACAAUAAGCAUGACCUGUCCCAUGCCUUUGAGCGCUAUGAAACUGCCCAUUCACAGCCAGUCACUGUGAGUCCACGGCAGAACUUGCCACGCAUCACAUUAAAGGGGACAUUUCAGGGUGCGAAAGUGGUUCGGGGCCCCGACUGGGAAUGGGGUAACCAAGACGAUGGUGAAGGUAAAACCGGGCGAGUGGUUGACAUCCGUGGCUGGGACGUGGAGACCGGACGAAGUGUGGCCAGCGUGACGUGGGCCGAUGGCACUACAAAUGUAUAUCGAGUGGGGCACAAAGGGAAAGUUGACCUGAAGUGCAUUGCAGAAGCAUCUGGGGGUUUUUACUACAAGGAGCAUCUCCCUAAAUUAGGUAAACCGGCUGAGUUGCAGAAAAAGGAAAGUACAGACAGACACCCAUUUCAGCACGGAGACAAGGUGAAAUGCCUCCUGGACAUUGACAUCUUACGAGAGAUGCAGGAAGGUCAUGGGGGUUGGAACCCAAAAAUGGCUGAGUUCAUCGGCCAAACAGGAACCGUGCACAGAAUCACAGACAGAGGAGAUGUGAGAGUCCAGUUCAACAGCGAUACUCGGUGGACAUUUCAUCCUGGUGCUCUGACCAAGCUCAACACGUUUUGGGUUGAUGAUGUUGUCCGGGUGAUAGAUGAUAUGGAAACAAUCAAGCAGUUGCAAGCUGGUCACGGGGAAUGGACAGAUGAGAUGGCACCUACCCUGGGGCAUAUUGGCAAAGUGAUCAAAGUUUUUGGAGAUGGGGACUUGCGGGUGUCCUUCGCUGGCCAAUCCUGGACUUUUAACCCUGCCUGCCUGACAGCCUAUCAGAGAGAAGAGGAUGCUAACCUCAUGACUACCGAGGAUGCCAAAGAAUCCAAAAGCACAUUGCUCUCUGUGUUGGGAAGAUUGCUCUCCCAGAAGAUGGAAUCAGACAACCCAGGCCGCUUGGUCAUAGAGGCAGCACAUGGAAAUGUCUCCAAAGUUCGUGAUCUGGUUCAGAAAUACUCUGACAAGGUUGAUAUCAAAAACCAGGGCAGGACAGCCUUGCAAGUGGCCUCUUACCUAGGCCAAGUGGAAGUGGUGAAGAUCUUGUUGCAGGCCCACGCUAAUAUCAACCUGCGGGAUGAAGAAGGAGACACAGCGCUUCAUUAUGCAGCAUUUGGAAACCAAGCUGAGAUUGCCAGUGUACUGGUCAGCAAAGGUGCCAAUGCAGAUCUUUUGAACAACUCCAAGUGUACAGCCCUGUACAUUGCAGUCAACAAAGGCUUCACAGAGGUUGUGCAGGCCUUGUGUGAAAACAACAGCAGUGUUAACCUGCCGGAUUCAUACGGAGAUACCCCUCUCCAUUACGCCAUCACUGCUGACUUCAAAUGCAUCAUUGAAGCCCUCACUGAAGUCCCCAGCAUUGAUUUCACCAUCCAGAACCGACAAGGGUUCAACCUGUUGCAUCAUUCUGCUCUAAAGGGGAACAAAUUAGCUGUCAAGAAGAUCCUGGCAAGAGCCCGGCAAUUGGUUGACACCAAGAAGGAAGAUGGAUUCACUGCACUACACCUUGCAGCUCUGAACAACCAUAAAGAAGUGGCAGAGAUCUUGAUCAAAGAGGGCCGUUGUGAUGUCAACCUCAAGAACAACCGUAACCAGACACCCCUCCACCUAGCAGUCACACAGGGGCACACAGAAAUGGUGCAGAUCCUGGUGACUGAGGGUGCAGAUGUCAAUGCCGAAGAUGAGGAUGGUGACACUGCCAUGCACAUUGUCCUAGAGAGGGAGCACUUGAUGUCUGUUAUGGCUGAGCAACAGCAAGAAGGGGAAGAGAGCCUUUUUGCUAAGCUCCAGGCUUCCGGUUUCCUUGGCAAUCUUGAGCUUAACGUGGGGACUGCCAUCGCAUGCUACUUGGCACAAGAAGGGUCUGACAUCAACUAUGCCAACCACAGGGGCAAGUCCCCUCUUGACCUCGUCUCGGAUGGAAGCAUAGUACAGCUCAUCAAAAACUUCUCCCAAAAAUUCAGAGAACGCCAAGACUCCUUGGAUGGCUCCACAAUGACAUGCAGCCUGAGGCGAGUCCAUGCAACUCCCAACACCAUGACAAACCUCAGUGUAGCGAAGCUGGCAGCUCCUUCAGAGUGCCUGGUCUGCUCAGAGCUGGCACUGCUUGUCCUCUUCUUCCCUUGCCAGCACAGCAUUGUGUGCGAAGAGUGCUCCAGAAGGAUGAAGAGAUGUAUCAAAUGCCAAGUGACAAUUACUAGGAAGUUAAAACAAGAUAGUUCAGAGGUGGAGUGCAGUCCUGGUUCAGAAUCCACCGACCAACAGAAGCAGCUCAUGGAGGACCUUCAGAACCGUUACCGGCAAAUGGAGGAACGUAUCACAUGUCCCAUCUGUAUUGACAACCAAAUCAAACUGAUCUUCCAGUGUGGACACGGAUCAUGCCAUGAGUGCAGUGCUGCCCUGACCGUCUGCCCCAUCUGCCGACAGACUAUCCGGGACAGGAUACAGAUCUUUGUUUGAGGAUGGACAUUCGCUGCUCUUCUCCACCACACUGCUAGCCUACACCCUUCAGAAAUUCAGAUUUAAUUUUUGUUUUGUUGAGAAUCAUGGCAGGCCAAGUGUGUUUGUAGCAAAGGAGUGUGGGGGCUUAAGGUGACAUGGUGGAAGCAUAGCUUUAGCAGGGCCAAUACCGCAUUCUUCCUUUUCUCUUUUGGUAGCCCACAAGCAAGAUGCCCACCUGAUACAACACUCAGAAGCCCAUGGGACAUUGGUUUGGGCAUGGAGGCACCACUGCCUUGGAGGCAUUGGUGUGAGUUUGUUGUGUUUUUUUCUCCAUAGCCUUAUCCAGCUUCAAGAGGAGAGAAAUACAUUACCUUCAAAAGACAGCAAUGUUUCUUUCCGUUCCAUGGAAAAGCAAUAUUCUUGCACUUUAAAAGGAUGGGAUGAGAAUGAGGCUGCACUCUUCCAGUAGGAAAGGCGGGCCAAAGAAAGAGUGCGCAUGCAGCAAAGCUUUUGUGUUGGGCUUGGCAUUACAAUCCAUGGAUUUUAUGGGCUGCAUUUGGCCCCAAAUGGUAUAAGCAGAAGAUGGACUCUGUCUAUGUCUGUGUGAGUGAGUGAGAGAAAAAGGUGUAUGUGUGAGUGGAAGACAGGGGUAGUAGUGUGCCUUUGAGGUAAAGUAGUGAUUAUAUACUGGCAAAAAUAUAACAUGGCAACAGAAGUAUUCUUCUAUCUGGUGGUAAAGUUUCUUUCUUUCUCAUCUGCAGUAUCUUCGUUCUUAUCUCAUAAUAGCAAAGAUAGGUUUUGGUUUUCCAACAGGCAGAUAUAUCAAUAUAUAAGCUUCAAUAAAUUAAAAGUGGAGGGAACCCCCUGCUUGUAUGUACACACCCUACACUGUGUAUGCAGACAAUACACACCAUACAGAAACAUGAAUUUAGCAUUUUGUACCCCAGUCUAUGGAAGAAAACUGAGAAGGCAUUCAAGGCUGUGAGGAAUAUUUCCUCCCUUUUCGGUCCAUCAAGAAAUUGAACUGGACUCAGUUCUCCUUGAGAAUCAGCCAAGUCAAAUAGCCAGAUGCAAGAACCACCUCCACACACACACACACCGCUUCCCAUUGGAAAUGAAGGGGAGAAUUAAUAACAGUCUGUUGUGCUGCUUAUGUAAUACCAUUUAUUGUGGCUCUGUGUCAAAGCAUGUAAACAUGGCAAACCUUUAAAACACACACACACACGAAGGAUGGAGAAAAGUAAAGGCAUGAGUCAGUUCAGGACAGGGCGGUCUGUCUUUCCUGCACACCCUCUGACUGUUCCAAUCUGGCAGGGACAGUCUGGAUUAAAUCUCUCACCUUGCUUUUCCAGCUGCUUUUACAACUUUAUCUCUCCUCCUCUCACUUUCCCCCUUCAUCCUUAGCUCACUUCAACUGCUGCAAAUCGGGUUCAAA